AUUUAGAAAACUCCCAACUUUCCAAGGUUGGUUAAUGGACAGAGGGGGGACCAAAAAGGUUGGUUUCAGAGGGGAGUCUGAGGACUCCCAGGAAGUGUCUGUUGAUUGGAAGGGCAGACCUUGCAGGGAUGACAAACAUGGUGGCAUGGCUGCUGCUGUUUUUGUACUAGGCCUGAUGUCGUUCGAGAUGAUGGCAAUAGCGGCUGUUGGGAACAACCUCAUCACUUAUGUCUUCAAUGACAUGCAUUUCCCUCUCUCAAAAUCUGCAAACAUAGUCACAAACUUCAUUGGCACUGUCUUCUUCCUCUCCCUCUUUGGUGGCUUCCUCUCUGAUUCCUAUCUGGGCAGCUUCUGGACCAUGCUGAUCUUUGGGUUCAUAGAGCUUUCUGGAUUUGUGUUACUGGCUGUGCAGGCUCAUCUGCCACAGCUAAGGCCAGAGAAGUGUGACAUGGGGCUUAGCAGAGGGCAGUGCCCAGAAGCAAAGGGCUAUAAGGCCAUGAUAUUCUAUUUGGCACUCUAUUUGGUGGCUUUAGGGAGUGGGUGUUUAAAGCCCAAUAUAAUCUCACUUGGGGCUGAUCAGUUCAGGAAGGAUCAUCCCAAGCAAUCCAAGAAGCUCUCAACUUACUUCAACUGUGCCUACUUUGCCUUCUGCUCCGGGGAGCUUAUCGCACUGACUGUUCUGGUUUGGGUGCAAACGCACUCCGGAAUGGACUUGGGGUUCGGGGUGUCUGCUGCUGCCAUGGCUGCAGGACUGGUGAGCUUGAUAUCGGGGAGUUUUUGGUAUAGAAACAAGCCUCCCAGAGGGAGUAUUUUCACUCCAAUAGCCCAAGUCUUUGUGGCUGCAAUCACAAAGAGAAAGCAGAUCUGUCCAUCCAAUUCAGAAAUGCUCCAUGGAAGCAGAAGCAUUAACAUGGCAUCAAAAUCCAGCAGCCUCAUCCACACUGAUAAGCUCAGGUUUUUGGACAAGGCCUGCAUCAAAAUACAGAAUGGAGCAGAGAGCCCCUGGAGACUAUGCACAGUGACACAAGUGGAGCAAGUGAAGAUACUGAUCUCAGUUGUGCCAAUCUUUGCCUGCACAAUCAUCUUCAACACUAUCCUAGCUCAGCUCCAGACGUUCUCAGUCCAGCAAGGCUCUGUGAUGAACACUCGCCUCGGAGCCAAGUCCUUCCAAAUCCCCCCAGCAUCUCUCCAGGCCAUCCCCUACAUCAUGCUCAUAUUCCUGGUGCCCUUGUAUGAGAUGGUGUUUGUCCCCAUUGCCAGGAGGUUCACCUUGAAAGACUCCGGGAUUUCGCCCUUGCAGAGGGUGGGCAUUGGGCUUUUCAUCGCCACUUUCUCCAUGGUCUCAGCUGCAGCGGUGGAGAGCAAGAGGAGGAACUCUGCAGCCACGCUAUCCAUCUUUUGGAUCGCCCCGCAGUUCCUCAUCUUCGGGCUGUCUGAGAUGUUCACAGCGGUGGGACUGAUCGAGUUCUUCUACAAGCAAUCAUUGGAAGGGAUGCAAUCCUUCUUGACAGCCAUGACAUACUGCUCUUACUCCUUUGGCUUCUAUCUCAGCUCUCUUCUCGUGUCUUUAGUCAACAAGAUUACCUCAACUGAGCAAAAGGGAGGGUGGCUUAGCGACAAUGAUCUCAACCGAGACAGGCUAGACCUGUUCUAUUGGCUGUUAGCUGCUCUUAGCCUCAUCAACUUCUUCAACUAUCUUUUCUGCUCCAGAUGGUAUUCCUACAAUCCUUCGGUAUCCCCCACCCUAAACCAAUCUCAGCCUCACAUCUGCGACUUAGAGACAGCGAAUUCUAACUCUUUGUAAUGGAUAUGCAGAUGGAAAAGCUAACUAAACUACAUUAGGAUCUGAUUUCUAGCUAGCAUUAUCUGUCAAGAAAGUUUGUAAGAUGAUUACUACUAGUGGUGUGUUAUAGUGCAGCAUUAAUAAUUGACAGUGUGUGUGUGUGACAUGGACACACAAGAGUCCCUUGAUGGGCAAGGGUGAAAAGAAAGUUAGGUCGAAGAGUCUAAGACCAUCAACAACAAGAUUCAUGGUAUCAUUAUCAUCGGUUCGGGUGUGGGGCCCUUGGGUCAGGGAUUUCGUCUUUUGUGUGGGCAAGAUUCAUGGUAUCAUUCUACCUUCAACCUUGAUUCCUUUCUCCACAAAGAUAGUGAAAAAAAAAGAGGGUCAUGGGCCUUGGUCUCUCUCCCCUUUCUAGUAGAAAGAAUUGCAGAGAAAUGUUGAGUGGUGGGGUUGAGCUUUAUGCUUUAAUUAAAGGGAUAAAACUAUUCCUAAAGCUAUAUGCAAUCCAUUGUGAUGUGAUUUUGUUAUUGUUUCUGUUGGGUGGAGGCCUAGAAGGCCAUGCCGAUCAGCCGUCGGCGUGUAUUAGAAACAUAGUGCUGAUUAUUACGUAAGUAUACAGAAAUAAAGUUGUGCAUUCGUCCAUCA